GAUAUGUAGAAUCCUUGAGACGACAUUUAAAAUGAUUUAAGGUUAGGGUUUAGUGUAAGGACGUCCCAACGAUCCAUGUUAGCACUAAGCAUGAACAUGGUGGGUGUGUCCUAACCAACCGUUCUAGGUUUUCUUAGCUAGGUAGCCUUUUAAAAUGCCCGAACUCAAAACGCUUCUUUUUCCAAGAUGGCGUCGAUGAAGGAUAGCGACACCGGCCUGUGGCUCCAUAAUAAACUAGGAUCAACAGACGAACUUUGGGCGCCUUCUAGUAUUGCUUCACUCCUCACCGUUUCAGUUAUCGACAAUAUACGGUUGUGUUUUUCGAGUUUGUCGCCUCCAGUAAAGCUAAAAAUCUUGCUCGGGAUGCUGCAUCUUCCGAGGCGGACUGUUGAUGAGAUGAAAGAGGCUCUAUCAGAGAUCAUCCAGCUGGCCACGGUGGACUCUGAGCCCUGGGUACUGAUGGUGGCAGAUAUCCUUAAGUCUUUCCCAGAGACGGGCUCUCUCAACCUGGACCUGGAGGAGCAGAACCCUAACGUACAGGACAUCUUGGGCGAGCUCCGGGAGAAAGUGAGUGAGUGUGAGGCGUCAGCCAUGCUCCCUCUGGAGUGCCAGUACCUGAACAAAAGCGCCCUGACCACCCUGGUGGGCCCACUCACGCCCCCCGUCAAACACUUCCAGCUCAAGAGGAAGCCCAAGAGCGCCACCCUCCGGGCAGAACUGCUGCAGAAAUCCACAGAGACGGCUCAACAGCUGAAGAAGACCGCGGGAGUGCCUUUCCAUGCAAAAGGAAGAGGCCUGGUCAAGAAGAUUGACACCACCACACCUCUCAAGGGGAUCCCCAAAGCCCCGUUCCGCAGCCCCACCACCCCCAGUAUGUUCAGCCCGCCGAGCAACCGCACACCCAUUGCCCCAGCACGGACGCCCCUGCGCAAGGAGAGGGGAGUCAAGUUGUUAGACAUCUCAGAGCUCGAUAUGGUGGGAGCUGGUAGAGAGGCAAAGAGGAGAAGAAAGACUUUGGAAACAGAGGUUGGGGAGAAAGCUGCCAAAGAGGAGCCUGUGGUGGAGAAUGCUACACCAGACUAUGCUGCUGGACUGGUGUCCACACAGAAACUGGGUGCGUUGAACAACGAGAGCGCCCUGCCGUCUACGAGUUACAUGCCUGCUACUCCCAGUAUGGUCCCCUCCUCCUACAUUCCUAGUUCAGAGACACAGCCAGCGAAUGCGGGCGGUUCAGGGCGUGACGUCCUACAGUCGAGUCGACAGACUGAGGAGUCGGCCACGCCCAGCGCUGCCACCACCACCCUCCCCGGCCAGUUCAAACAAAGGACGCCCAUGUACAACGCCGGCAACACGGCCGCCAGCCCCACCGCCCCCGCCUCCCCCAGCACCCCCGCCAGUAGCAACGGCCCCCAGGCUGCCGCCAUUGCCACGCAGCCCGAGACCCCAGCCACACAGCCCCCCGCUACCCCCCAGACCAGCACACCCCAGCCCAAAAAGAACCUCUCGCUCACUAGAGAACAGAUGUAUGCUGCUCAGGAAAUGUUCAAGACCGCUAACAAGGUCACCAGACCAGAGAAAGCUCUCAUCCUGGGCUUCAUGGCCGGAUCCAGAGAGAACCCGUGUCCGGAGCAGGGGGACAUCAUCCAGAUCAAGCUAAGCGAGCACACCGAGAUCCUGCCCAAGGCGGACGGCACGGGCAGCACCACCAUGCUGGUGGACACGGUGUUUGAGAUGAACUACUCCACAGGACAGUGGACCCGCCUCAAGAAGUACAAACCAAUCACCAACACCUCCUGAGGUGGCUGCUGGCCUGCCUGCCGUGACGAAACACACACGUAUACAUACACACGCCAAAUCCUACUCGGGUGGCCAGGGACUUGUCAUACUCACACACAUGGGCCAAAUCCAGCCCGUGAGAGGGGCUGGGGAGUGGGGGAACAGAUCCCUCUUUCUCAAAGUUUCUUCAUUGCCAAAAGGCAAGGACCCUCAAGACUCGUUUCCGUUGGUUCGUUUUUCUUUUCAGUUAUGUCCCCUCAGAUUCCUGAACAUUUGUGUGUUAGAGUCCUUAUACCUUAUUUUCAUAAGAUACCUGUCAAGACCUGCUUUACUAUGAAAAGGUGCAAGCAUGCCAUAAAAUAUUACAACUGUCUGUGUUUUUCACUGUGAGAAUGACGUUUACUGUAUUCUUCCUACUUCGUUUGAGAACAUGUAAGAAACUAAAGAACCCAAACCAUCGGUGAACAUGUGACAGAGAGGGAUGAUGGGUUUCCUUUUUGCUGUGAAAUUCUGUUUUGAAAAGUUCCGGAGAAUGUUUCGUUUUUUUCCAUCCUUACCAAGGGAAGAAAAAUAAAGCGAAAAAUGUUCAGA